GUAAAACCGAGUAACUUACUACAACUACAAUGAAGAUCUUCAUCGCUUUUGCUCUUCUCGCCGUGGUGACCGCAGAGCCACCUAGAUACCGUCAACAACAAAGACAAUACUAUUUCGCUAGACAGCAAGAGGAACCCACUGCUGUCGCCGACGGUUCCUACCCACCAUCCGGUUGGAGGCCAGCUGGACCAGCUUUUAACCUUCCUCAGAGACAAUACGGAGCGCCCGUUGCUCCUCAGCAGCAAUACGGAGCGCUCGCUGCUCCCCAGCAGCAAUACGGAGUACCUGCUGCCCCUCAGAAACAAUAUAGCGGAUCAGCCACUCCUCAGCAGCAGAAGUAUGGAGCCCCGAGUGCAUCUCAACAGCAAUACGCAGCACCUAUUGAGCGUCAAACGCAGUACGGAGAACCUAGCGAGCCUCAAUCGCAGUACGGAGCGCCAGCGGUUCCUCAGCAACAAUACGGAGCCCCGCAAGAAGCUACCACCACCGACAUACCAAACAGUACGGAAGUGGAAAACGCCACCACAGUCGCCAGUUCCACCGAGUCUGAGUCCGAGCCCGUAAACUCCGUGAACGAGCUCGACGACGAGGCAGUGGAUGAACAGCAACCCCAACAAUCUGGCGAAUACUACAUAGCUCUUCCCGACGGUCGUCUUCAGCGUGUGCAAUAUGUUAGCCGACAGGACGUCGAAGCCAUGAAGUACUUUGCCAAAAUUCAAGCCGAGAACGUGGAACCUCUCCGCGGGCCCAUCUACGCUUACGCUCCUUUGCAGAAGCUGCAGAUACUGCCGGCUGGAUUGCAAGUGUCCGUGGCGCCGAUCGCAGCAGCUGUCCCCGUAGAAUCGAAACCGCAAAAACUCGAAAUUAAGCCGGUCGCUACCCAAGUGCAAUACCAGAACGAUAACCCCGCAGCCGUGAUCCCGUUGUCCGCUAACCCCGUGAGCUCCUCUUAUACUACCUAUACCACCAAUUACCAAGUCCCCGCCAGCGAGUCCAGAUACCUGCUGUCGGUACAGUAAGUUCAGAAAAAGACAUUCCACGUACAUACAUAUAAUUUAUGUAUUUAUGUAUAAACUGAUUUGUCUUGGCGAGGACCGCACUGGGUCUUAAGUUAAUUCUUGCGAAGUCAAUUGUGCACGUGCUGACAGUACGCGUUGAGUCAAUUAUGUAGGUUAAGGACGAAGUGACAAUAUAUAAAGCGA